AUGGUUAUACAAAUGGGAAAAUCCCAAACAUGACAGCAAAAAAAACACCAGUCGGUGCUACAACAAAAAAGCCCAAAGAAUGUAAAGCUGCAGUAACAGCCAAGCACGUGUAUCCCCACCUUUUCGACCUUCUUCUCCACUUCUCCAGCAAGCAAAAGGACUUCACAUGCUCCAACAACUUCAACCACUCCUGCCAAUCUGUUCAUGCUCCUACCUGAAUCUUAGAUCGAGAAGCACGUUCAACAUCAAUGGAGGGAGAAGAGGAUCAUCCACUUGAUAAGAAGAAAGGAAAAGAGAUUCACCAAGAAACACAACUACCAAAUCGAGAUUCAAUUCAGUCAGAGGUAAGCAAUGUUGGUAGCCCGAUGACAAACGUCGAUUAUCAAUUCAACGAAUCAAUGUUCUUACAGGUAAAAACAAUCUUUGAUGCUCAAGGACAAUCUGGGAGCUCAUCAUAUCCUCAAAUGCAAAACACUGCACACGAUGAUGAAAAUGUAGAUAAUCCAUGGAACUCAAGUUUGUUUGAUGGCAUGCAACUUGAUAAGGUUGUGGAUGAAGAUGAGCAACAAGAAGGGGAAAGUGAUCAAAACUUUGACCAUACAUGGAAUCUGGAUGGAAAGAAUAGUAACAGAUGA